AAAGUGUGUUGUAGUGAUCUAUCAAAGCAAACAAAAGAGAGAGAGAGAGAGAGAGAGAGAGAGAGAGUUCCUCCAAUUUGAAGGAAUGGAUAUAUCCCUUUAUAGUGAAAGUGAAAGUAGGAGUAUAAACUUGGGGAAAAUCUAGAGCAAUGGAGCCUUUAAAUUAUAGCUCUCUUCCCAAAUCUGUCAUUCAAAAUCAGACCACAAAAUAGAUGUUCGGAAGUUUCAUUAUCACCAUUUGCAAGCCUAAGUUUCAGAUCAUGAUUUCCUAUCUGUUCCUCAUCUUCUGUUUGGCAAUCUCCAUCUCACUUACAAGUGGAGAACAGCUAAUUUUAGUAAACAACUGUAAUGAAAGUGUCUGGCCUGGAAUACUCGGAAAUUCAGGCCAAAAUACACCAAUGGAUGGUGGUUUUCAUCUUGGCAGAGGCAAGCACGUAGUGGUUGAAGUGCCAAAGAAAUGGUCAGGGAGGAUUUGGGGAAGACAAGGCUGUUCUUUUAGCCAUGAAGGCAAAGGCUCGUGUGAUACAGGAGAUUGUUCGGGACGAUUACAUUGUAGAGGCACUGCUGGUGUUCCUCCAGCAACUAUUGUUGAAGUAACUCUGGGAUCAUCUAUGUCACCCUUGCACUAUUAUGAUGUUAGCUUGGUAGAUGGCUUCAACUUGCCUCUUUCAAUGAAGCCAAUUGGGGGUGGAAUUGGCUGUGGCAUUGCAUCUUGUGAUAUUGAUGUGAACAUUUUUUGUCCAUCAAAAUUGGAGGUGAAGAAGAAUGGAAAAGUGGUGGGGUGCAAGAGUGCCUGCUUAGCCAUGCAAUCAGCCAAGUACUGCUGCACAGGAAAGUAUGCAAACCCCAAAACCUGCAGGCCUACGCUAUUUGCUCAUUUAUUCAAAGCCAUGUGCCCCAAGGCUUACACCUAUGCUUUUGACGACCCUUCCAGCCUCCGUAAAUGCAAGGUUUCACGUUACGCCAUCACUUUCUGCCCUGCCAUGUGAGGACGAUUCCAGUUGCUGCAUGAAGAAGAAGUCUACUAUGACAGUACAAAAAUAAUGUCUUCUUGCAGAAUUAGAAGCUCUCGUGGUUUAUUCAACCAUCUUUUUAUCUUAUUUUUGUUAGUAACUCAGAGAAAUAGAGUCCAAUAAGCAUAUUUUAAGAUUUUUGCAUUCUAUGUCAGUAUUAGUAUCAUGUUACACAAUUUAAUUAGUACAUCUCUAGUUACAUUACAAGUUUAGUCAUUAGUCUUUUAUGUUUGUAUUUAUUUGUUCUCAUGAUUUUAAAAAGUGCUAAUAGAGGUCCUUGACCUAUUUGAUA